UUCCAAUGGACAUUCUCCAGUCUCUCUGGAAAGAUUCUCGCUAAUGGAUUUCCUGCUACUCGGCCUCUGUCUACACUGGCUGCUGAGGAGGCCCUCAGGGGUGGUCUUGUGUCUGCUGGGGGCCUGCUUUCAGAUGCUGCCCGCCGCCCCCAGCGGAUGCCCGGGGCAGUGUCGGUGCGAGGGGCGGCUGUUGUACUGCGAGGCGCUCAACCUGACCGAGGCGCCCCACAACCUGUCCGGCCUGCUGGGCUUGUCUCUGCGCUACAACAGCCUCUCGGAGCUGCGCUCCGGCCAGUUCACGGGGUUAAUGCAGCUCACGUGGCUGUAUUUGGAUCACAAUCACAUCUGCUCGGUGCAGGGGGACGCCUUUCAGAAACUGCGCCGAGUUAAGGAACUCACACUUAGUUCCAACCAGAUCACCCAACUGGCCAACACCACCUUCCGGCCCAUGCCCAACCUGCGCAGCGUGGACCUGUCCUACAAUAAGCUGCAGGCGCUGGCUCCAGAUCUCUUCCAUGGGCUGCGGAAGCUCACCACGCUGCACAUGCGGGCCAAUGCCAUCCAGUUUGUGCCGGUGCGCAUCUUCCAGGACUGCCGCAGCCUCAAGUUUCUCGACAUUGGAUACAAUCAGCUCAAGAGUCUGGCGCGCAACUCUUUCGCUGGCUUGUUCAAGCUCACGGAGCUGCACCUAGAGCAUAACGACUUGAUCAAGGUGAACUUCGCCCAUUUCCCGCGCCUCAUCUCUCUCCAUUCGCUCUGCCUGCGGCGGAAUAAGGUGGCCAUUGUGGUCAGCUCUCUGGACUGGGUUUGGAAUUUGGAGAAAAUGGACUUGUCUGGGAACGAGAUCGAAUACAUGGAGCCCCACGUGUUCGAGACCGUGCCGUACCUGCAGUCCCUGCAGCUGGACUCCAACCGCCUCACCUAUAUAGAGCCCCGUAUCCUCAACUCCUGGAAGUCCCUUACGAGCAUUACCCUGGCCGGGAACCUGUGGGACUGCGGGCGCAAUGUGUGUGCCCUGGCCUCCUGGCUGAGCAACUUCCAGGGGCGCUAUGAUGCUAACUUGCAGUGCGCCAGCCCGGAGUACGCACAGGGCGAGGACGUCUUGGAUGCUGUGUAUGCUUUCCACCUGUGCGAGGAUGGGGCCGAGCCCACCAGCGGCCACCUCCUGUCGGCUGUCACUAACCGCAGUGACCUAGCGCCCCCUGAGAGCUCAGCCACCACGCUGGUGGACGGCGGGGAGGGGCUGCACGAUGGCACGCUUGAGCCCAUCACUGUGGCUAUCCCCGGCGGCGAGCACGCUGAGAACGCUGUGCAGAUCCACAAGGUGGUCACGGGCACGAUGGCUCUCAUCUUCUCCUUCCUCAUCGUGGUCCUCGUACUCUACGUAUCCUGGAAGUGUUUCCCAGCCAGCCUCAGGCAGCUCAGACAGUGCUUUGUCACGCAACGCAGGAAGCAGAAGCAGAAACAGACCAUGCAUCAGAUGGCUGCUAUGUCUGCCCAGGAAUACUACGUUGAUUACAAACCCAACCACAUCGAGGGGGCCCUGGUGAUCAUCAACGAGUAUGGCACAUGUACCUGUCACCAGCAGCCCGUGAGGGAAUGCGAGGUGUGAUUGUCCCAGUGGCUCUCAACCCAUGCGCUACCAAAUACGCCUGGGCAGCCGGGCGGGCCGGCGGGCAACAGGACGGGUCUCCUCUGCGCUCUGAUGUGUUGACUGAAACUGUACGGGGAUCUCUCCCAGAGACUUGACAUUUUAGCUUUAUGUGUCUUAAAAACAAAAAAUUAAACACAACAAAAAACCCCACCCCAUAAUCUUCAGGACAGUCUGUCUUAAAUUUCAUAUGAGAACUCCUUCCUCCCUUUGAAGAUCUGUCCAUAUUCAGGAAUCUGAGAGUGUU